AUCUUGACAUCAUGAAAGCUCUUUGGAUUUUGUUGCUGCUGAAGACAGGACACUGCAUAGAAACAUACGACGAAGUUCUAUCAAUCACCCCGAAAACACAGGAACAAGUGGACGUCUUGAAGAAUGUGUCCACUCAAUACGAGACAGCCUUGUGGCAGCCUGCCUCACCUCAGUUCAUCAAAGAGGAAACUCAGGUCCACCUGUUUGUUCCUGCAAACAGCUCAGAGACCGUCAAGGAUCUGCUACAGACCCACGCCAUAACACACGAGGUGCUACUGGCCAACGCCAAUGAGUUGAUUGAGAUGCAGACGAGGAACGACUCCGGUGACCCACGAAGCAGCUCGACUUUCUACGAGAGAUAUCACAGUCUGGAGGAUGUCUACGAUUGGAUAAACAGGACCCAACAGGACAACCCCAGCACGGUCAAAACCAUCCUCAUUGGCUCAUCCAGCGAGAAGCGACCACUCUACGUUCUUAAGUUGUCUCUAAAUAACAGGCCAGAUAAGAAAGCAAUGUGGAUUGACUGUGGGAUCCAUGCCAGAGAGUGGGUCUCCCCUGCUUUCUGCUUAUGGUUUGUACAGUAUUCUUUGGGAUUUUACAGGCAAAACCAAGAUAUCACUCACAUCCUGGACAACAUGGACGUCUACGUCCUGCCUGUCAUGAACCCUGAUGGAUACCAGUACACGUGGACAACAAACAGGAUGUGGAGGAAGAACCGCUCUGUCAGCAAGAGCAGCGGCUGCAUCGGGGUCGACCUCAACAGGAACUUUGAUGCCAACUGGUGCACGGAGGGGGCCUCCAAUGAGCCCUGCUCUGAGAUCUACUGCGGCGAGUUCCCCGAGUCGGAACCAGAGUCCCAGGCCGUGGCCGACUUCCUGCGCAGCCACAAGGACUCAGUCCAGCUCUACUUCAGCAUCCACUCCUACUCCCAGAUGCUGCUCUUCCCGUACUCUUGUACCUUAGAGGAGGUGGAGAACCACAGAGUGCUGUUUGAAAUGGCUAAAGAAGCUGCCCAGAAAAUCAGAAGAUAUUAUAGUAACACCUACAGAUAUGGUGCCGGAGCAAACACAAUAUACUUGGCUCCUGGUGGCUCUGAUGACUGGGCGUACAACCUCGGCAUCAAGUACUCCUUCACGUUUGAGCUCCAGGACCGCGGGCGUUAUGGCUUCCUCCUGCCACCGUCUCACAUUUCCAGGGCCUGCAAUGAAGCUCUGAUUGCUGUGAAGACCAUUGCUCUCAGGGUUAUAGAGAAAACACAAGCCCCAACGAAUCCUUCUCCAAUUUUCUAAGCAGUUGCACCUGACAUUAAGACUGAGAGUUCAAUAUUUGAAGCCAUGUUUGUGAAUGAAUCCCAGGGUUUGUAGUAUUAGUAAAAGAUCAGCUAGCCUGUAAGAGCUUAGUACACAUUGUUAAGAAUAUUCUGAUUGUUAUUCAGGGUAAGGAGGAGGGUAAGGACAUUCCUCUAGUCUAACAUUAUAUUAUGGGUGUCUAUUUUGCAGAGAUUGUUUUGAGUGUAUGCAUUUACAGGAAACAUAAGAAUAUGGUGCAGAGAACUAGCUGCAAUUUAUUAAUUAAGACAAACUUGUAGACAUAAAAACUGUAAAAAGACAUUAAGUGUCAGUGUCUUUCUUCUUGGUAUUGGUGUGCCACACACAGGUAGAAGGUAGUUCCAAUGAAAACUACAUCAUCAUGUAUAUAUCACACAGAUAUUAACACUGAUUGUUCUUUUUCUUGCAGAUAUCAAUAAUAAGGUCACAGUCGUUUCAGUGAUGGUGUUACUAAUGCGUGUACAAACAACGUGAACCCCUGCACGAUGUAAUGCUCUCUUAU